AUGGCAGCUAACGUACUGGAAGAAGACUCAAUGGAGCAGGACAUAGAGAGCCCUGUCACUAUUCAUCAGCCAAAGUUGCCCAAACAAGCUAGAGAGGAUCUGCCAAAAAACAUAAACAAAGAAUGUGCCAAGAGAAAAAUCCAGAGGUAUGUUAGGAAAGAUGGGAAAUGCAACGUCCACCAUGGGAAUGUCAGAGAGACUUACCGUUACUUGACUGACAUCUUCACUACCUUAGUCGAUCUCAAGUGGAGGUUCAACCUGUUGAUUUUUGUCAUGGUUUACACUGUGACCUGGCUCUUCUUUGGAAUGAUAUGGUGGUUAAUUGCCUACAUGCGAGGAGAUAUGGAUCAUAUAGGGGACAGCACAUGGACCCCAUGCGUCAGCAACCUCAAUGGGUUUGUUUCAGCCUUUUUAUUCUCAAUCGAGACAGAAACCACCAUUGGGUAUGGUUACCGGGUCAUCACGGACAAGUGUCCCGAGGGAAUUAUUCUGCUUUUAGUGCAGUCUGUUUUAGGUUCUAUCGUCAACGCUUUCAUGGUUGGCUGCAUGUUUGUGAAAAUAUCCCAACCUAAGAAGAGGGCAGAAACCUUGGUUUUUUCUACAAAUGCAGUUAUUUCCAUGCGGGAUGGAAAGCUGUGUCUGAUGUUCCGAGUAGGAGACCUUAGGAAUUCACACAUUGUAGAGGCAUCAAUACGAGCCAAGUUGAUCAAAUCCAAACAGACAAAGGAGGGGGAAUUUAUACCACUCAACCAGACAGAUAUCAACGUAGGUUAUUACACAGGGGAUGAUCGUCUCUUUUUGGUUUCACCACUGAUCAUCAGCCAUGAAAUUAACCAGCAGAGUCCUUUCUGGGAGAUUUCCAAAGCACAGUUGCCCAAAGAGGAGCUAGAAAUUGUUGUAAUCCUAGAAGGAAUGGUGGAGGCAACAGGAAUGACCUGCCAAGCUCGAAGUUCAUAUAUUACGAGUGAGAUCCUGUGGGGUUAUCGUUUCACUCCCGUUCUCACUCUGGAGGAUGGAUUUUAUGAAGUUGACUACAACAGUUUUCAUGAAACGUAUGAGACCAACACACCAGUUUACAGUGCCAAAGAGCUGGCAGAGAUGGCCAGCCGAGCAGAACUGCCUCUGACGUGGUCUGUUUCCAGCAAGCUGGACCAACAUGCUGAGCUGGAAACUGAGGAGGAAGAAAAGAAUCAGGAAGACCAAAAUGAAAGAAAUGGUGAUGUGGCCAACUUGGAGAAUGAGUCCAAAGUGUAG